AAUGUAAUCAAAUUACCAAUCAGUAUAAAGUAUUCCCCAGGAAUAGCAUUCGAUAAGUCAACAAAGGAACUCAUUUACUCUGAUUCCUCAUCAAGAAAAAUUAUGUCAACAACGCUUCAUGGAAAGAAUAGAUCCUUGCUCUAUUCAACAGGAUUCGCCUUUGCUGAACGUUUGACCAUUGACUAUUCAACGGGAAACAUAUACUAUUCCGCAGUAGCCUCUAUACCGAGUCAAAGUUAUAUUGGAGUUGUACAUAGACAGAGUUUUCUUCAUAAGACUUUGUUGUCUAACUUGCAUAGACCAAAAGAUAUUGUUUUAUAUCCGUCAAGAGGAUAUUUAUACUGGACAAAAACAGGAAGUAUCAAAGAAAUAGGUAGAUCGUACAUGGAUGGAACAUCAAAAAUGUACAUAGCAACAACAAAUAUUGGAGCCCCAACUGGUCUUGCAAUCGAUUUUACAUCCAAUAGACUUUACUGGACAGAUGCAAUUAAAAAUCGUAUUGAGUACUCUGACUUGAAUGGAGGAAACAGACAUGUUUUAACAACAGAUAAAGACGCAUGUCCAUUUGGAAUUAUUGUUCAUAGACAAUAUCUCUAUUACAUAGCGUCUAAUAGACAAGGCGUAACAAAGAUAAACAAAGCAACGGGUUCAAAAGUAACAUUUAUGUCAAUCCAUCCAGAGCUGGGGGUGCUUAAUAGUCUUGAUGUAUAUACAGAUGAUUCAGUUGAUUUGAGUUUGAGUUGUUCUACGAAUAACGGUAGUUGUAGUGCAUUCUGCUUUCCAACACCGAAUGGAAGAACAUGUGGUUGUGCGGACGAUGUUGAUCUAAAAUCAGAUCAAACAACGUGUCAAGGAGUUUCUCGCUGCACUACUUCUCUACGCAAUGUGAAUUUACAUGACUGUAUUCCAUAUCCUGAACACACUUGCAAUAUUCACUGUAAAUCUGGAUAUAGACUAAGGGCCAACGUAUCCCUUAUGUGUGAUCACUCUGGACAAUGGGUUCCAUCUCCAGUUUCCUUAUGCACAGAGAUAUUCUGCACGUCAGCUAUAAAACAUGUCAAGUUAUCAUCAAGUUGCACACAAAAAGCUGCUGAAUCUUGCAAAUUCUCUUGUAAUGAUGGAUAUACCCCGACAACUUCAGAGAGCUUACUUUGUACAGAUAUGGGCACCUGGAGCCACAACACCAGAAAUUUAUGCUUACGAAACACGUCCUCACAACACAAUAGCGAAGACGAUUUUGAAAUAUACAAUAUGUAUGUCUACAUUGGAUCAUCAAUUGCAGCCAUCUCUGGAAUAAUUUUCCCUGUAACUCUUGCAAUAGCGUGUUUCCUCAAAAGAAAAAAUACAUCUCGCGAUACGUACCAGACAUCACCGGUGCACACGGAACACAAUUACUCGAUAAUCAGAAAUCGUGGACAUUUGACUGGAAUUAAUAGAGAAGAGGGGCAAAAAACUGCUGAAUACGUAACCAUCGAUGACCAGUUCAUUACAGAAUAUGUGGAACCAAUUGACGACAGGUAUCUGUACCCUUGUGGACAUUUGACUGGAAGUUAUAGAGAAGAGGGGCAAGAACCUGCUGAAUACAUUGCCACUGAUGAUCAGUUCAUUACAGAAUAUGUGGAACCAAUGAAGGACAUGCAUCUGAAUCCUGGUCUGAUAUUGGGAAUGUGGAAUCCUGCUUCGCUAACCUCCAUCACGGAAAUCCCUAGAAAUCCCGCCAGUCACUUCGGAAAUGUGUCAAUGUUUUUAAAUCCUUCAGGCGCUCAGAUCAUUAGCAUAUCGUCAGAUCCAGAGAGGACGAUCGUUUUUGCAGCCAUUGGAUAUUCAAUUUACGCAUUCCAAAACUUUACCAUCUGGCAGAAUGAAACCAUUCCUAUUUCAGUUGUAUACAGAGGGAGGUCUAUCGGAAAUGCCCAGAUUGCAUUUGACUAUGUUUCAAAAAAUUUAUACUGGUGCGAUUCCUUGCUUAAUUGGAUAGCCAUGAAACCAGCAUAUCUCGACAAUACAACGAUAUAUAAAUUGAUUAUCCACAACAAUUUGAAACAACCAGAAGGAUUGGCACUAGAUCCCGAGGCUGGACUGAUGUUCUUUUCCGAUAAUGAUGUGAAUCCACGCAUUGAAAAGGCCUCCAUGAAUGGAGAUAAUAGGACUGUAAUAGUGCACACAGGAUUGAAACGAGUUCUGUCCCUUUCUGUUGAUGUUAUCAAUAGCUUGCUGUACUGGGCAGACUAUGGCAGACACACUGUCGAGGUCAGCGACUAUUACGGAUUAAACAGAAAAGUACUGCGACGUAGCAACAAUGUUCCUGCGACUGGAUUACAUUUUUAUGAGGGAAUGUUGCAUGUUGUAAGCUCUGGAGCUAGAGCCAUGUUUGGAGUAGAUGCAGCAUCAGGAACACAGCUUUACAGUCUAAGGAUGAAUACAGCACAGCCAUAUGCAGUACAUGUUUAUGAUGCAGAAACCUCCAAGGAAUACAUCGACCCUUGCACUUCUAGAAGUUGUCAACACAUCUGUGUAAACACUCCAGAGGGAGCUAAAUGCCUCUGUGCCGAGGGUUACUUGAUAUCUUCAGAUGGAAUGACGUGCACGGAUCGCUCCUGGUUCCAUGAGAAAGGCUUUAUCUUGCACAAUUCAACGGCGUUUUCGAUGUAUGAAGUGCAUUUCGUCAACGGUAGACGAGGCUUGUAUCCUAUUAUAACAGUCCCCUCCUCCAUUAUUCAGACAUUUGCUGUUGACGCCAAUAUGCAUCUUAUCUAUUUUGUGGACAAUAGCAACAACAAAUUGAAAGAACUGAAUAUAAUCAGUUUUAAAAUUAGAACGUUGACGUCCAUUCAAUUUGCAUCAGAUUUCAAAGUUAAGGAGGCCAUUCAAAUGAUAGUGGUUUUGGUCCAUGUUGGUUUGUCUCAACAGCUAAUCUUUUGGAAAGCAGUGUUGGAGAAAAUAUCAGCAACAUGA